AGCCGCUUCCUGUUCCGGCGCUGCCCCGCGGGCGCUUUGAAUGCGGGCGGCAGGGCGCGGCCGUUGGGCGCUGUGAGGUGAAUCAAGGCCCGGGGCUCGCUUUGUAUUCAGCUGUGGGCUUGGAGGCUUACUAGGAUGUCUUCUAAGAAAAGAACGAAGAGAAAUCGUGCUGGAAAUCAAGUCAAGGGACACAAAGGCAGUUCUCAUCCUCGCUGGAAACUUCUUCCGCCUGAGGAACCUGAUGUCUCAAGGAUACCGAAAGUAGCAGAUGUAAACCAACUUGAGGAGCUCUGCGAUUCAUUUGAUCAGCCUUUACACAGUACUGCUGUGGAUGCUUGUGGAGAGGAGCACUCAGAAAAUGCAUUGUCUAGUGAUGAUCCAGCUCCACAAAGGACAAAUGCAGAACGCAGGUCUGGUGGAAAAAUAAUUGCCAGUGAAAAGAUGCAAUUGGAGAUGCCUGAAGGCAACGUUCACAACUUCAGCCAGAGUGGUUCUGUACGUGAGCCCCUUAUGGAGAAUCUGAACGCUUCAAAUACUACUCAAUCUGGGGUGAAAACGAAGGGACCCUCAAAGAAGAGCACACCAGAUUCUUCUGCUAACAGCUCAUUUUCUGUACAACUUUGGUGUCCCAAUGAGCUGAAAAGAUCAUCCAAGGAUAUCACAGAACUGGAUGUUGUUCUGGCUGAAUUUGAAAAGACAGCAGCAAACUACAGUCAAAGCAUAGAAUCAAAGGCUUGCAGAAAAGCUGUCAGUGCCUUCUGUUCUGCUUUCAAGGACCAAGUCACUGAGCUUAUAACAGAAGUCCAGGAAUUAAAGAAUACGAAGAAGAAAAAUGCUAAGGUGGUGGCAGGCAUCAACAAGAAAAGGCAGAGACUGCUGCAAGUCAGAGAAAAGCUAAGUAGAACUGAACCACAACUGAUCAAACUACAAAAAGAAUAUGCUGAGCUGGAAGAAAGGCAAUCUUCCUUGAGGCAAGUAGUUCAAUUCCUUACUGAUUUAAAGGAACUACAGUACGACUACUUGGAUAGCAGAGAAGAAAACCCAAGAAAGAAAGUGGCAUACGGAACUUCCAGCCUACCUGCUCUUCUGGUGGAGUCACGGAGAAUUCUACAAGCAGAAAGACACUUUCAGAAUAUUAAUAAGAAACUGGAAUAUGCCCUGGAGGUACAAAGAGGGAAGUUAUCCAAGGAACACUAAGCUCUUUUAGUAGGCUUUUUGACAAUAAUUGAUCAUUAUUGUAAUGGACUGUGCCCUGCUUGGUUAAUUGCUGUUCUUCAGUGUUUAAAGGUCAGUGACUUCAUCAGGUAGUAUCUUUCUAUUGUAAAAUAGCUUGCCUAAGAACUUAAUUCAGAACGAAAUAACUAUUCCAGUUAAUAUAGUAAAACUUCCUGUAUUCUGUUAACAACACUUGUUUUUUAAUCUUCGGUUAUUUAAGUAACGUGAUAUUGAAACAAUAUGUACUUUAAAGAGGGAAUGCAUUGACUUUAAAUGAACCAGUAACAGACAAAUCUCUUUAUUAAUAAAAUCUGUAUCAGAAAUAAA